AAUAAUAAUCUGUGUUGUAGGGAGUGGUGCUAAGCUGAAAAAGAUGUGUAGGGGAUCCAAAUAACGGGAUAUAUGCACGUAGACACCAACCCAGAUAUUGUUCAGGGUCGAGUUGAAAUACUUUGCUAAUCUUCCAGCUGGCUGUAAGAGAGUGAAAGCCGAUCUGGGCUGACCCAAAAGGACCUCAGAGAAAAUGCCAGUGGACUGUCCGCUCCCACCUCCUCCACCUGCUCCAGCUCCACCGCCGCCUUCUCCAGCGUCAGCACCCAAGAAGAAGCUGUAUCAGACAAUAGCGAGCAGAAGGAGUCCUGUGGAGGGGGACCACACAGAGGCCCGCUUCCUGCUCAGCCAGAGGGAGAGCAGGUUUAGGAAGGACCUGCAGUGGAUACUGGUGAACACAUAUGUGCCCUCCCUCAUCCAAGAUGGUCCACAGUGUGGUCUGGUGGCUCUGUGGAUGGCUGCUCAACUUCGACAGCCACAGCUGCGUAUUGACAUGGAAACACUGGUUCAGACAGCGAAGAGAAGGGGAUACACGGUACAUGGGGAAAUGUUUUCAGCUAACAACAUGGCCCUGCUGGCGGAAGAAGCCUGUGGCUGUAAGGCAGAACUGCUGUUGGGAGGGUUAAACAAUAACAAUGCUACAGCCAUCAUCACACACCUGUGGGGGAGGCAGCCUGUUGUCAUCCCAUAUGAUGAGGACUACAACCAUGAGCCGUGCCAGCGUAGCGGCCACAGGGCGCACUGGGCCGUCGCUUCAGGUGUUCUUCUCGGUUUAGACCAGAGGAGCGUGGGACAAGAGCACAUUCAGCCUGAUCCCACUCUGUCAUGGCUUUACCUGCCCAGCGACACCACCUGCCCCUGUCCUGUCGGCAGCGCAGGACUCAGAGAGGUUUACAUCCUGGCUAAGCAAGGUAAAAGCUUGCGCUACCAGCUGUGGAGUUUGGACAGCGUCACUCAGAGCAAUGAACAGCUGAGGACAAUGGACCCUCAGAGAGCCAGUGAUGGAACCCAGUAUGUUGUUCCACAAGGAGGCGUGGAGGCAGGGCUGGCAGGACAGGCGGUGUUGCUCCACACGAGGACACAGAAAUGUGAAUGUAGAAAGUCUCUUUGCAGCCUGACAACCACAGACUUGAAUUUAUCCAACCCUCCCACCAUGGUCAGCUUCCUCUUCCGGAGCUCCUGUCCAAGCUUGUGCGAGUUCUCCAGAUCUCGUCUCCUCCACCAUCGUGACAUGGACCAGUCUUUCAAUGCAGUCUUCUGA